CAGAAGGGAAGGCGAGAGAGAGAAAGAGCAAAAAAGAAAGAGGGAGAGAGUUUAAAGAAGGAUAAGACAAAAGAAGCACAACUUGUCGGGAGCUGUUUGUAGGACAAGGUGAAUUUUUCAACAUGAGGAAUCACUGAUCAGAUCUGGAGACGCAUCCAAAAUGUCUGGGCUAUAGUGGGAUCCCACAGUUACACCACCAUCAGGUUCUUCCAGGUCCAGCCAAAGCAGACAGCAUGCAGAACAUCAGACAUGCAGCCAGUGAAGCCUUCCAGCGCCUGGGCCUGAAGCAAAGACACCUGGGCUAUCAGGAGCUGGGGGAUUUGGAUGCCAUGGAGACUCCAGCGCUUCACUGGUUCCACACUCUGCAGGUGCGCAGACUCCGAGUGCAGAGGGGGCGGAGCAACAGCGACCCGCUGGGCGGCAAGAGCUUCCAGCAGGAUAUCCAGUGGAACACAGGUCUGCAGUUUGGGACAGCCACUUCAUACCUGAACCUGGAGAAACUCGGUGAGGGUGCAUACGCCACAGUGUACAAAGGAAUCAGCAGGAUAAAUGGAAAUUUGGUGGCACUGAAGGUGAUUCGAAUGAAGACUGAGGAAGGUGUUCCAUUUAAUGCCAUCAGAGAGGCCUCCCUGUUAAAAGGUCUAAAGCACGCCAACAUUGUUCUGCUGCAUGACAUCAUCCACACGCGCGAGUCUCUCACCUUUGUCUUCGAGUAUGUGCAAACAGACCUGGCCCAGUACAUGAUACAGCACCCUGGAGGACUGAACCCGUACAAUGUUCGGAUCUUUAUGUUCCAGCUGUUGCGAGGUUUAUCGUACAUCCACAGUAGAAGGAUCUUGCACAGAGAUAUCAAACCUCAGAACCUGCUCAUCAGCUACGUGGGAGAGCUCAAACUGGCCGACUUUGGCCUGGCACGGUCCAAGUCCAUUCCAUGCCAAACGUAUUCAACAGAAGUCGCGACCCUGUGGUACAGACCACCCGAUGUCCUGCUGGGAUCCACCGAUUACUCAACAGCACUGGACAUCUGGGGAGCUGGCUGCAUUUUCGUUGAGAUGCUGCAGGGGGCGCCAGCAUUCCCCGGCGUGGCCGAUGUUUUUGAGCAAUUGAUUAAGAUUUGGACAGUUCUCGGAGUGCCCACAGAAGAUAGCUGGCCAGGAGUGUGUGAGCUGCCAAACUACAAACCAGAAUGGUUCCUGCCGUGCAAAGCCCAGCAGUUCCGAGAUGUCUGGAAAAGAUUCGCACAGCUACCCUAUAAGACGGAAGACCUGGCCCAGCAGAUGUUAAUGAUGAUCCCCAAAGAAAGGAUUGUGGCCCAGGAUGCAAUGCAGCAUCCGUACUUCAGCACUCUCCCACCCCCUAUCAUGCAGCUGCGAGACACUGUAUCGGUCUUUAAGGUGCCUGGUGUGAGGUUAGAGACGGAAGCAAGGGAUAUCUUCAAUCCCAGCAGACGAAUUAAAUCCUCUCUCGUUCCUCUGGGCAAGUGCUGGUGAUACGCCUCCAUUGGCCUAUAUUACCCACACGGGAAAAACCUUUACACAGCAUGGCUGUCUGUUGAGUCGUGUGUUCUGUUUGUCAUAGACCCCAGGUUACCAGGAACAGCUGUGACUGUUAUUAUUUUAAGAGUAUGCGUCUUUCGACGACUUUCCAAACCACACCCUAUUGUAUAUGACAUUGUUUUCAGCUGCAUUCGGAGGGACAGUGUGGAGAGUGUGGUGUGGUCCAAGCAGCGUUACUGCAGGCUGUGCUGCUGAAAUCCACAGAUGACUUCACAUAAACUGCACUUUUGAUACAGUAUGAAACUAUGAAACUAUACAGUAUGAUGUCAUCAAAAUAUUCCUCCGAUAAUUCAGUGAAUGUGAUGAGAGAGAAAGAGAGAGAGAGAGAGAGUGUGAGUGCUUUCAUAUGUGCAGGCCAAUGUGGGGAAUGUUACAGCAAAUGUUAUGGCCAUAUGUGAACAAGUGCUGGAGUCAAUCCCAGAUACUCCCAGAGAGGGGGAGCAAGAACAAGAGGAAGAAAGAGAACAAUAUUCAGUGUUCUCUCAAAUUGUUUUUGGAUGUUUGACAAAAUUAUUCUUUUUUGUUAAUUUUGUAUGUUUUAAAAAUCACCUCACAUCUUGUGAACAUCUCAUCAAAUGGGUACUAUUUCCAGUGUUUAGCACUGUUCUGAAAAGUGCAAGUGGUGCCACACUGAUUCGGUACAGCAGUGAUCUAAAGUUUUUUGGGUUUUUUUUACAAAUAUUUAUGUACAGACCAACUCUGUUGAAGUGUAUAGUAGUUGCAAUAAAACAGGAUCUUUUCCUCAUAUGGGUAUCGCCUCUGAAAGACUUGCAGUCAAAGCAGGCUUUGAAAUCCUCACGGUGGAGGGAGAAGAGUCUGUUUGAUCAGCGACGGACGACUGUUUGUUGAUACUGGUGCGAGCGAAUUCAAGUGCAGGAGGAGAAGCGUAAGGUCGCGGCCCAGUCAGGGCAAGCUGGGAUUUCUAAGGCUAAAUGGCCCAGCAAUUGAUAAGAGGAAGAAGCCAUUGCUCCAUCUACAUACACAGGAGACCUGAAUCAUCAGGUGAUUUCAUAUCCGUCCAGGUGUGUAACACGUGAGCUCAGAUCACAGCUGGUGUGUCUGUGUGUUGGAAAAUCUGUUGUUCAUCGGGUUCGAAAUAAAUAUCUCCACUAGA